AAGAAGAAGAAGGAGAAGAAGGAGAAGCAGAAGAAGCAGAGUUGUGUGUAAAGAGCUGGAGAGCAUGAUGAUGAUGAUGGAGGAGGAGUGUGUGGGAGGAGUAGGAGGAGGAGAAGAAGAAGCUGUCCUGCAGCUCCAUCUGCUUUGUGAUUCUCCAUCUUUCUGUACGGUGUCAGUGGGGACGGAUCUGUCCAUGGCUGACAUCUCCCACCUCUACGAUGAAGUGUGUGAGCUCAGAGAGCUGGUGUGUGCGCUGGAGGACAUGCUGCAGCGACAGAAAGCCAUAAACACUCAGGAGGUGAGAGGAUCUGCACCAGGGCUGUGCUCCGUGUGUAAAGCUGAUCUGAAAACCUCAGAAGCUCGAGACUCUGAGCUGAGUGUGUCUGGUGAGUGUGAGGAGGAGUGUGAACCUGAAGGCCCACCACAGGCUCUGCAGAAGACAGCGGAAACGAAUGAUGAAAAUGGAGAGACUAGCGCUAACGAGGAGGACGUGGUUCCUCACAGUGUUUCUGAUGUUUCAGCUGACGAGGAAAGAAGAGAACCGCACGUUCAUAAACUCAAACUCAGGACGAGACGAAAUUCAGGAGAUCUGGAAGACACGAUGUCUUCUCAGGGACGAGGUUCCAAAGAAAAUGAAGACAUGAAGGACGUUGAGGAAUUGAAGAGCGAUGGCAGCGUUAGCGAGAAAGUGUUUAAAUGCUCUCAGUGCAAGAAGAGCUAUGGAACAGCUCCCAGCCUGAGAAUCCACAUGAGGAGGCAUGCAAAGGAGAUGAGGUUCUGCUGCAAGGAGUGUGGGAAAGGCUUUGUGACGUCAGCCGAGCUGAAGCUGCACGCCAGCAGACACACCGGGGUCAGCAGCUUCGUGUGCGUGGUGUGUGGUCAGAACCUGGCCGGCUCUUCGGGCCUCAAAGCUCACAUGAUGAUGCACAGCGACGAGAGACCCUUCUCCUGCAGGGAGUGCGGAAAGACCUUCAGGACCAAGGGGAACCUCAAAGCCCACCUGAGGACCCACACCGGGGAGAAGCCGUACCGCUGCUCAUACUGCGAGCGCACCUUCAGCCACGCCCCCCGCGUCAAGGUCCAUGAGCGCUCGCAUACCAAGGAGAAACCGUUCAAAUGUGGCACGUGCGGGAAGACGUUCACGCGCAUGGACAGCCUGCGCUCGCACGAGAGUGUGCACACGGGCCUGAAGCCGUACCAGUGCUCGCACUGCGGGAAGAGCUUCCGCCAGUCCAGCCACCUGCUGUGCCACGAGAGGACGCACACUGGUGAGCGGCCGUACCUCUGCUCCGACUGCGGCAAGAGCUUCUCCAGCCACGCCCACUUCCGCAGCCACCGCCGCAUCCACACGGGAGAGAGACCGUACCAGUGCACCUCCUGCGGCAAGAGCUUCAGGAAACAGUUCACGCUGCUGCAGCACAGCAGGACACACACUGGGGAACGGCCGUACCAGUGCUCCCAGUGCAACAAGAGCUUCGCCCGCACCUGCACGCUUAAGCAGCACCUCAGGAUGCACUCGGGGGAAAAGCCGUACCAGUGCUCCAUCUGCGGCCUCAAGUUCCCCUUCCUCAGCUCUCUGCACCAACACCGCAAAAAACACGGGCAAGACGGAGCGCACUGCGCUGCUAACGCAGGGAUCUCCUCAGGAACUGUGCACCAAUCUCACCCAGCCUGAAGACCCAUCAGGAACUUCACACACAGCCUGAAGACCAUUAGGAACUGUACACCAAUCACAGCCAGCCUGAAGAUGCAUCAGGAACUGUAAACUAAUCACACCCAGGAUGUAGAUCCGUCAGGAACUGUAGUGUGUGUGUAGUAUGUGCCAUAAAGUAUUCCAUUUGUGUGUGUGUGUGUGUGUGUGUGUGUGUGUGUGUGUGUGUGUGUGUGUGUGUGUGUGUGUGUGUGUGGUUAGAUGAUGGGAUUAAAGCUGCUCUUAGUGGUGUGAUUGUGUAAAAUCCUUCAUCAGGAUCAUGAAGCUGAUUUAUAUUUCACUUUAAUAAAUAUUUCAUUCAGAA